AUGGGGUCAAUGUCUACCUCCACCUAUGCACUCUCGGAGUCGCACAAGGAUAUGCUCGAGAAGACCUUGGUCGAGUCUGACCCUGAGAUUGCAGAGAUCAUGAAAAAAGAGAUCAAGCGACAACGCGAGUCCAUCAUUCUCAUCGCCUCCGAAAAUGUCACCUCCCGUGCCGUUUUCGAUGCCCUUGGGUCGCCCAUGUCGAACAAGUACUCAGAAGGAUAUCCUGGAGCAAGAUACUAUGGAGGAAAUCAACACAUCGACGCCGUCGAGCUUACAUGCCAAGCAAGAGCACUGAAGGCGUUCCACCUUGACUCUGAGAAAUGGGGCGUAAACGUGCAGUGUUUGAGUGGCAGUCCUGCCAACCUGCAGGUCUACCAGGCCCUCAUGCGACCGCACGACAGACUCAUGGGUCUGGAUCUACCUCACGGAGGACAUUUGAGCCAUGGAUAUCAAACACCGUCGAAGAAGAUCUCCGCCGUUUCCACCUACUUCGAGACAUUCCCUUAUCAAGUGGACCUCGAAACCGGCAUCAUCGACUAUGACCGGCUCGAGCAGAAUGCCCUGCUAUACAGACCCAAGUGCCUUGUGGCUGGAACCUCCGCGUACUGCCGCUUGAUCGACUAUGCCCGCAUGCGCCAGAUCGCCGACAAAGUGGGCGCAUACCUGAUCGUAGACAUGGCUCACAUUUCCGGCCUGAUCGCCGCCGGAGUCAUCCCUUCGCCCUUCGAGCACGCCGACGUCGUUACCACAACCACCCACAAAUCCCUCCGUGGCCCACGUGGCGCCAUGAUCUUCUUCCGCAAAGGUGUCCGCAGCACCAACGCGAAGACCGGCCAACAAGUGAUCUACGAUCUCGAAGGACCCAUCAACUUCUCCGUCUUCCCAGGCCACCAGGGCGGUCCACACAACCACACCAUCACCGCACUCGCGGUCGCCUUGAAGCAAGCUGCCACCCCCGAGUUCCGCGCUUACCAAGAACAAGUCGUCAAGAACGCCAAGGCCUUGGAAGUCGAGUUCAAAAAUCUGGGAUACAAGCUCGUGGCAGAUGGCACAGACUCACACAUGGUCCUGCUCGAUCUGCGCCCGCAGAGCCUCGAUGGUGCACGCGUUGAAGCUGUCCUUGAACAGAUCAAUAUCGCAUGUAACAAGAACAGUAUUCCCGGCGACAAGUCCGCCCUGACGCCCUGCGGUAUCCGUAUCGGCACACCUGCCAUGUCGUCCCGUGGGUUCGGAGAGGAAGACUCCAAGCGUGUGGCGCAAUACAUCGACCAGAGCAUCAAGCUCUGCAAGCAGGUUCAAGGAGGGUUGCCCAAAGAGGCCAACAAGCUGAAGGACUUCAAGGCCGCUGUUGCGGGCGAUGAUGUGCCAGAGAUCAUGAGGCUCAGACAAGAGAUUGCCGAUUGGGCCUCGACGUUCCCUCUGCCUGUCGGUGUGAGCGUCUCAUAAGUGAUAUCCAUCUUGGAGUGGUUUUGGCGUUCGCGGUGGCCCAAAUAGGUUUCAACGGCUCGAGCUUCGAUUGGGAACCGAGGAAAAGACGGCGGCGUAUGUGUAUCUUCAACGAUAUCCAUGGUGGAAAAAGUAUGUGACGCCUCAUCUUCGCCUGUGUAGUGCAAUCAAUAAACACUACAACUUUCUCGUCUCCACGUCAUGUUCGUUGCGUGAGCUUGCUGUAUUACGAA